AGUUGAGCUUGUAUCUUGUGUCAGCCUCAUUAGACUUUUCCAAAGGACUACAUAUGAUCCUUGAAAAAAUGCACUGGUUUGUAGCUUUUUAGCUGGAAAACAAUAUGGAAUUUAGUGGGAGCACAAGUUUCUGAUGACCCAUCUUUGCUUCUUGGAUCUUUGAGUUUGCUCACUCUGCUCAAAAACCAUUCUGGCACUCCUUUUUGUUUCAUAUAAGUAGUAAAAGGAUCAUUCAAAAUGGAGGUUGAGUUAAGAAAUGGCAUUAAAAUGAAGGAGAUGAAAGGGCUUAAACCCCUUCCCAAAGUUAUCAAGUCCAUUCAUGCAACUCCAAAGCACAAUCGCUCAAAAAGUGAUUAUGAAGAGAGAAAGAUGGAAGAUAAUUUGGUUUCUUCUCCAAAAUCCAACCAAAUUCCUAAGAUGGACAGUGGAACUUCUAAGGGCCAAAAAUGUGAAAUUAAUGGGAAAAUGUGGCCCGGAACCGCAGUCCAAAACUCCUUGAACCAAGAGAUUUUAGAACUCGAGAAACGGUUGCAGGAUCAAUUGGUUCUGCGCGGCUCUCUCGAAAAAGCAUUGGGACAUAAGCCUUCCGCUGUUAAUUUGUCAAAUGAUAGCCCUAUGCCGAAGCCGACAAAAGAGCUGAUAAGGGAGAUUGCUUUACUAGAAUUAGAGGUUAUGCACUUGGAGCAGUAUCUCUUAUCACUCUACCGAAAAGCUUUCGACCAACAGGCGUCCGCAUUGUCUCCGACCAGUGGAGAAAUUUCAAGAAAGCCAAUGAACAGCCGAUCGGCGCAGCUCGAAGAAGCUUCAAAGUCCGAAAUCUGUUCCAAGAUUGAAAAUUCAGCUGUUCAAUCGAGCCAUCGGCAGAAGCACUUUUCAGAAAGGGUGUUAGGUCCCGGCGUUCACCGCAGCCAUUCUUCACUCUCGCAGCGCAUGGUCUUUUCGGCUAGAAUUUCGCCGUCGGAAGAUAGCCUCGCGAGGGCUCUUCACUCCUUCCACUCUCAACCUUUAUCUUUUCUCGAGGAAGGAUAUGUUGCUUCUUCGGGGGUGAUAAGCUUAGCUGAUUAUCUUGGUACAAAUAUCGCCGAUCACGUACCGGAGACUCCUAAUAAGCUUUCCGAAGAGAUGGUUAGAUGCAUGGCUGGGGUUUACUGUCGACUUGCCGAUCCUCCGCUCGUCAAUCACGGCCCCUCGUUUUCUCCUGCUUCAUCCUUCUCAUCGACGAGCGCGUUUUCUCCCCAAUUAGUGGGAGAUAUGUGGAGCCCCGGAUGUAAAAGAGAAUCCACUCUUGAUUCUCGGUUGAUAAAUCCCUUUCGCGUCGAGGGGUUAAAGGAAUUUAGCGGACCGUACUCCACAAUGGUAGAGAUUCCUUUGAUUUGCCGGGACCAUCGAAGGCUCAAACACGUCGAUGAUUUGUUACAUAGUUACAAGUCCAUUGUUCGCCGACUGGAAACAGUCGAUCCGAGGGAGCUGAGGAACUCCGAAAAGCUUGCCUUCUGGAUCAACAUACACAAUGCUUUGCUGAUGCAUGCUUAUCUGGAGUAUGGUAUUCCACAAAACAAUGCGAAAAAGACGUUGUUGCUCAUGAAGGCAACAAUCAAUGUAGGUGGACGCUCUAUAAAUGCUGCGACGAUACAGGAUUCAAUCCUAGGAUGUCAUACGUAUUGUCCGGGACAGUGGCUCCGGACUUUGCUUUACUCGAAGAUGAAGAACAAAGCUGGUAAUGAGUGGCAAGCCUAUGCUAUCGACCGACCGGAACCUCUCUUGCGUUUCGCGCUGUGUUCAGGAAGCCAUUCGGAUCCUGCGGUCAGGGUAUAUACAUGCAGGAGAUUAUUCCAACAGCUCGAAGCCGCGAAAGAAGAGUUCAUCCGCGCGACGGUCGGCAUUUGGAAGGAGCAAAAGAUCCUUCUACCGAAAAUGAUAGACUCGUACUCGAAGGACGUGAAACUAUCGUCGCAAGGUUUAGUCGACAUGGUUCAGCGAUAUCUACCGGAGACGCUACGGAUGGCGAUGCAGCGAUGCCAACCGAAGAGAUCGAACAAGAUCAUUGAGUGGGUGCCUUACAACUUAGCAUUUCGGUAUUUGCUCUCAAGAGACUUGGCUUUCCCUCAUAUAAACUGAGGGGGUGAUUUUUUUUUAUUUGUGUUUUGCGUCCUAUGUUGGGUUCUUUUGGGUGUAGUAUAUAAGAGAUUGAAUUACCAUAUAUAUGUGCAUACAGAGACUACUACUUACAUUGA